UUUGACCGUCGAGAUUGGCCCUUCACGUAACAAAGUAUAUCUGAAGGACCUAAAAACAUCAAGCUGACGCAAAGGAAUCACUCUGAAUUCGAACGGUGAUGUCCCUCAGUCCAAAACACACCACACCGUUUUCAGUAACCGAUAUAUUGUCUCCAAUUGAAGAUACCUACAGAAGAACCACCAUUGAGGCUGCAAUACCACCCUUGGCUCCAUAUAGGAACCACCAUUCACAACAUUCUUCAUCACAGAUGGCAAGCAUGAGUGUUCCUGUGUCGAAUCCUUACCAUACUGGAUAUGUUCCGCCGCUAUCUCAUCACACUCCGUCCUUUGCAUCACAAUAUUGUAAUGGGACAGACUUCGGACACUAUGGGGACCCAAGAGGUACUCCCAACUGGUACAGCAGUAAUCCUGAUCGUAUUGCAAUUUCGAGACUAAUGGGUGGACCAAGUUCAUGUGCUAUGUCACCAAUGUCUUCAGGUAUGAAUCAUAUGAAUAUGUCAGCUUUAGGCGGAUAUGAUCAUACAAAAGCUGGAAUGCAGUUUCCCAUUACACAGAGGAGGAAGCGUCGAGUUCUUUUUUCGCAAGCGCAGGUAUAUGAACUAGAAAGGCGUUUUAAACAGCAAAAAUACCUGUCCGCACCUGAAAGGGAACAUCUAGCUAGUAUGAUAAAUCUAACGCCAACACAAGUGAAGAUAUGGUUCCAGAAUCAUCGUUAUAAGUACAAAAGAGCAUCAAAAGACAAAAUUAAAAGUGAACCCGGUUCUCCAGAAAGUUCUCAGGAAGAUUCUGCACCCUCUGAACAUUCAUCACCUAGUCAAAGCCAACAUUCUCCGAGGCGAGUGGCUGUACCUGUGCUAGUAAAAGAUGGGAAGCCAUGUUCAAAUUCUGGAGAUACGCAAACUACACACGUGCAACACAAUUCUCAAACAAGAAUGAGUGCUGGUCACGCUGGAUCCUCGGGAUCACACGUUUCCCCACAGGUUCCAAAUUCUAAAAUACUGUCUCAACCGAACUCUUUAGGCUCUGGGACGAUGCCUACGCACUGUGUUACAAACUCUUAUUCUAGUAGCCAUAGUGGACUUAGUCAGGGAAUUCAUUAUCCAUCUUCCAUAAAUGGAAACAGCAUGACGUCAUCACCAUAUAUGUUAAAUGGCAGAACAUGGUAAUAAAAUACCAAAAUUACAUUUAAUUUGCAUUUAUUGUUCUGAAAAAGACAUGAUCAGAGUAAGUUCAGACAUAAAAUCCAUAAUCAUACAUAGUGCAUACAGUAUGGGACCUAGAUCUGGAAGUUUUUGAGUGCCGUCAUCUGCAAUAAAACCACAGUCAUAAAACAAUAUAACGAACCUGUCUCUCUUAAAACAAAUUUAUCUUACCGCCAUAAAUUAUAAAGGAUUUUAUAAACAUUGUAAAUACAGUUGUAAAUAUUGACCGAUGGUUCGGUGAGAAUGGGACAUAUUUCAACAUUUCAAAUUUUUACCGGAAGUGUGAAGUGACCCACUAAAUGCUGGCGCCGUCAUCGGCCCAUAAUGUUUACUGUGACAGUUUUAACUGAGUAUUAAAAUAUUCUAUUUCA